AUGUCUAUUACACCUAAAUCGAGCAAUGCUCACAAUAAUACCCCGUUAAGUCCGAACAUCAUUAAAGAUAGCUCUACAGGAGGAGCGGGUGUGAUUGCAGGCGAACUAGCUGCUGAAGACGUUGGGUUGAUUAGUAAAGACACAUUAGCGUCGCAUCAGUAUGGGUCUUUGAGUGAGGAAAAUACCGGCUACAGGGCGCCCGAGGAAAGAGAAGGCGAAGGCGAAACAGACGACUUGAACGGUUUCGCUUUGCCAAAGAGACAGCUCUAUACUGUCAUUGGAAGUUUGUACAUGGCCAGUUUUUUGGCUGCGCUAGAUACCACCGUGGUCACGACAUUGCUUUCUGUGAUUGCCUCGGACUUGAAUGCUGUGGAAAACAUUGCAUGGAUUGCCACAGCAUACUUGUUGUCGUGCUCAGCAUUCCAGCCUCUUUUUGGUAAGUUGUCGGAUAUUUUCGGCAGAAAAGUGUUGCUUGUGAUUUGUUGUGCUUUCUUUGGAGUCGGGUGCUGCAUCUGCGUCACAGACUCGUUGUUCUGGUUGGUUUUUGGCCGUUUCAUUACCGGGUGUGGUGGCUCGGGUCUAACCACCUUGGGAACGAUCACAAUGUCCGAUUUAAUUCCUCUUCGGGAAAGAGGAUUGUACCAAGGUUUGGCCAACAUUUGCUUUGGUCUUGGUGCAGCCUCUGGUGGUAUCAUUGGUGGUGCAGUAGCAGAUUAUUUUGGCUGGAAGUAUGUGUUUGUACUCCAGGUCCCACUUGCAGCCAUAGUGGGUGUAGCCAUCUACUCCUACCUUAAUUUGCCUGCCGGGUCUCCCGGCUUGGGAUCUCCAGGCACAGAAUUCAAGGAAAAAUUGAAAAGAGUCGAUUUCUUGGGCGCCUUCUUAUUGGUGUCCGCAUUGAUGCUGAUUCUUACUGCUGCGUCUAUGGGAGGUAAACAGUUGGCGUACCUGUCACCAUUUUUCAUCACUCUUAUUAUCGUGUCUGCCGCGCUUCUCGUUGCCUUUGUUUAUGUUGAAACGUAUGUCUCGCUGGAGCCAAUUAUUCCUAUGGAAGUGAUGACAGAGCGUACAGUAUUGGCAUCCUCGCUUUCCAACUGGUUCUACACUAUGGGUGUUUUUGCUUAUCUCUUCUACGUGCCCCUUUUCUUUCAAGCAGGCAUGGGGUUUUCGGCCACUCAAGGUGGUGAGCGUUUGAUUCCAAACUUCUUUGCCGUUUCUUGCGGUUCUGUGGGCGCCGGUUUAUACAUGCGCAAGACAGGAAGAUACUACAAGCUUACUGUGGCUGUGGGUCUUCUCAGUCUUCUUGGAAUGAUCAGGAUAAUCUUAUUGAGCCCCAAAUCCUCGCUUUUCACCCAGUUUACUAUAUUGCUUAUUCCAGGUUUGGGUUACCUGUGCAUGCUUACAGUGACUUUACUUUCCUUAAUUGCUGCCGUUCCUGUAAAGUACCAGGCUUGCACUACUUCGAUCCAGUAUACUUUCAGAGCCACCGGCUCAACUUUGGGUGUUGCCAUCGCUAGUGCUGUGUUCCAAAAUGUCACCAGAUCUCAAAUGGUGUCAAGAAUACAUGCUUUGGUUAGUGAUGAGAAGUUGGCCAAUGAUAUUAUUAGCAGAGCGUUGGAAAACACUAGCUACGCCAAAGAAGCGCCUAAAAUUGUUCAACAUGCGAUUAUGAAAUCGUAUCAGUUAGGUUGCCGUGGUACAUUCAUCUUCAGCACAGUGACAAUCGCUUUGGGUUACUUUUCCUCCUUGUUCAUGCGGGAACACGUUUUGCACACCAAGAUCGAAAGAGACUAA